AUGUCGUCAACAUUGGAAUAUUACCAGCGCACUCCGAUGCGUCGCUCACAACGGCAAAAGUAUUACGUUCGCGAAUCACCCAUCUCGUUCCUGGAUGAAUCGUACGAUCGCGAGCAGCAUGUUGUGCUAGGUGGAAAGGACCGGGCUUCUCGACGACAAAGGCCGCUUUACGAUAACGCUCUCGAACGUUCAGCGCCCGAGAUUGAAUCCUAUCCGCUAGUCGAAUAUGGCUCUUUCAUCCAUCUCGUCAUGACUCAUUCGUUUCGAUUUUCUGUACUCGCCAUAGUCGUGUGCUUCCUCGCCCAGACUCCCAUCGGUCUUGCUACUCUCCUCCUAUUCUUACUCGCAAUCUCUUCGCUAUACUUCUACAUCAAUUCCGUGGAAUCCACUUCGCGAAGAUACACAAAAGCAUAUGGAUCAGAAGCACUCUACCGGGGCAAAUCGCCAGAUUACCUUCUCAGGGGCUCUUCGUCAGAAUACGAAGAAGACUCGGAGUAUUCAGAGGACUCAGAGGACUCAGAGUAUUCAGAGGACUCAGAGGACUCAGAGGACUCAGAGUAUUCAGAGGACUCAGAGGACUCAGAGGGAUACCCUGUCGAUGUUGCAGACCCAAACCACGGCAACCCAGCUUGGCCCCGACGUACCUUCAUCGAAGCCAUCUCCGACACUGUUCCACGCAUGGUUUUUGGAUUUUUUGCAUUCCUGUCGUCUGCUUUCACAAAGCUCUCCACAAUGAAGCCCACUAUUACCAUUGUUCUCGCAUCCCUCCUCACAAUCACCUCUGCCCACUCGUGGCUCCACUGUACCUCAUUCAACAACACCGACCUUAUCAAAUGGAUGGAGGGCAACGCCACAGAAUCCAACGGUAAGAUGAUCUUAGACCCCAUCUUCCCCGAAUGGGCCCACCUCUGCAGCGGCUUCUCUCGCUACAAAGCCAACCCAGGAAACUGGAUCAACGAAUCCAGCGCCUACGCCUGGUCGCCCAGCAUCCACAACUCCACACACGCCUGCCACCCCGACCAGCGCGCCCCAAUACAGCUCCUGAAAUUCAAUGAAACCGGGCAUUCAGACCACUAUAACCCCGCGCCGAUGGCCACGGCACGCGCUGGUGGCAGUAUAAAGCUGAUGUUCGGCGGAAAUGGGCAUUCAAGGGGUGAUUUUGGGGGCGUGCAGAAGAGCGGACCGGGAAUGGUGCGUGUGUAUUGGAAGGGGGGUGUAGAGAGGGAGAUUGUGAGAGUGAGAGAGUUGACCAAGAAGAACUUGCUGCAGGAGAACGGGUUUGCGGAAGAGAGUUAUGUGUGGCCGCCGGACAAGAAUGUUACCAAGGCGCCGGCGAUGAAGGACAAGGGUAAUUGGCAGACGGUCUGGUUGCCCAAGGGCAUGGAGCCUGGUCGCCAUAUGAUGGUCUGGGUGUGGUCCAUUCAGGGGGAUCAACCGAGUUGGACGACAUGCUUUGAUGUCAUGAUUGAGGAGUAA